AUGACUCUUCUUAGAGAACUCCCAUUUUACUCUCGAAAAGUAGAGAAAACAUCGCCUUUUGAAGUCAGCGAGCUCUUGCGGGGCGGCCACCAAAACAACAAGCUUCCCUUGGAUGGCAUUGUUGGAUUCCAUGCCAUAAGGUUUGCAACCUCGAACGCCAAAGAGAUGGCCCGCUUUUUCGAGUUAUCCCUCGGGUUCAAGGAAGUCGCCUAUAGAGGCUUGGAGUCGGGAUCUGUGGCUUUAGCCGCCCAUGUCUUGAAAAAAGACGAAUGUGUAUUUGAGGUUAUCAACACCUUGGGCCGAGGAGACCUGAGACCCGGAUCCAGAGCUGCCAAAGCCGGGCCUCCAAAUUUCGAAAAGCAGCCUGUUACGCUUCAGGUCCGUGGAGGCGUCACCUCCUUCCACGAAUUGGCCAAGGCAGCAGAACAAUUGGCCUACGAUGCUAAGGAAGCUACAGAAAUCGAUCGUUUUGUGAAUACCCACGGAAUGGGCGUCAUGGACGUCUCUUUUGCCGUGACUGACGCCAAAAUAGCCUACAAAAAAGCAAUCGAGGCCGGCGCCAUCUCCCUAAGAGAACCAGUGUUGGUUGAAGAAGAAAACGGUGCAGUCAGGGUUGCCGUGGUGGGUGUUCCAGGAUCCGAUCUUCGCCACACCUUGGUGCAGAACAUCAAUUUCAAGGGCCCGUUUUUGCCUCUUUACAGGGAUUCUUUGGUUACUAGUUUGUCGGAAAGCAACCCAGUGCCGAUAUUUGCCGUGGACCACUGCGUUCAGAACUUCACCUGGGAUGAAAUGAUGCCCUACGCCAGGUUCUACGCUUCGGCUUUUGGAUUCCACAAAUUCUGGUCUGUGGAUGAACAGGAUGUGUCUACAGGUGCCACGGCGUUGAAAUCUAUCGUGAUGACUUGUGCAAACGGAAAAGUCAAGAUGCCCAUUAAUGAACCAGCAAAGGGAAAGAUGAAGGGCCAGAUCGAGGAGUUCUAUGAAUUCUACAAAGGCCCUGGAGUUCAGCAUAUUGCACUCAGAACCAGAGAUAUCCUUCAGGUGGUCAAGGGAAUGCGUUCCAGAGGAAUUGACUUCAACACCAUCUCUGAAACAUACUACACCAACUUGGAAGAGCGUUUGGCAAAGGACGACAUUGAGCUUUUUGAGUCGUUCGAAGAGUUGAAGGAGCAUCAUAUUCUUGUUGAUUUUGACCCGGCGUCAAAGUACAAAAACAAGCAUGGCAAGAAUUCAUGCCACUACAUCCUCCAAAUCUUCACCAAACCGCUUCACGAUAGGCCUACGUUGUUCUUGGAGAUCAUCCAACGACACCACCACAAUGGUUUUGGAAAGGGUACUUUCAAGGGUUUGUUUGAGACCAUCGAAGCUCAACAGAAGCUCCGUGGCACCUUGGUCCCCUCGGCAUUGAUGUAA